AGGUUUCUUCUCAUUCGACUGUGAAUGCGAUGAACUGAACCCUGGUUUCAGACCCAGCUCUGCUCUUUGAAUUUGGCGCAGAAAUAUUAUUUGGACCCAUUCUGCUAUUGAUUUGAAAGUUUGUUCUCCAUCAUCAUAAACCUGAAAGAAAGCAGCUGACGAAUCAAAGCGCCUUUCUUUCUCGACUCUCUCUUGAUUGAGCGUCCUGAUGAAGUCCCGUAGCUAAGAAUGGAUUUGGAUGCUGAAGUAGAAACUGUUCAGAGUUCUGCGGAGAAAACAUCAGCAACAUGUGAAGAUAGAUCAAUUUCAGAACCUUGUGUUGGCAUGGAGUUUGAUUCUGAAGAGGCUGCCAGGGAAUUUUACAGUGGAUAUGCAAGACAUGAAGGGUUUGUCGUCCGUCUUGACCGUUGCCAUCGUUCUGAGGCUGAUAAUAGAAUCCUUUCUCGUCGUUUUUCAUGCAAUAAGCAAGGUUUUUAUGUGAGACCAAGAAAUGGGACAAGACCUGUUCGGAGACCACGAGUUAGUAUAAGAGAAGGCUGUGAGGCUAUGAUGUUAGUUAAAGUAAACAAUCAUGGGAAAUGGGUUGUUACCAAAUUUGUGAAGGAACACUGUCAUCCUCUACAAGUUUCUGCCUAUUCUUCUGAUAGAACCUUGGAAUCAAAGGAUAUGAAGAUUCAACUACUCACAAGGGAGCUUCAGCGUCAUGAUAGGCUAUGUCAACUAUACCGCCAGCUGUUACUUUCCCUACUGGAAUCUGUGGAGGAGCAAACUGAAGUUUUAUCAGGAAAACUCGAACUUGUCGUUAGCAGUGUAAAACAGCUUCAGAAUGAUGUUGAAAAACCUUUGGACACUCACUAGAAAAUUCUCUCUCCAUUGUUUAACAUGUACUUUAUGUAAAAGGUUUGGGAAUUACAGGGGAGCUUGGGAAGCUGUGCUACAUCAUUCCUUUGCAAGCCCAAUAAAAUGUGUAGAGUGACUGACUAAUUUGUCACGAAGUGAAAAGUAGCACUGAAUCAGUUGUAAAUCAGAUGUCUUUUUUUGGGCGAUAUUAUUCUCAUCUGUGUUAAUACAACAUAGUCCAAUUGUUUCAAUACUGGAGAAGAAUGCUAAAUAUUUGUUGUUGAAGAUUGUUGGAUUAUAGAUCCCAAAAUAUUGUAUUGCUUUAUUUAUUUCAACCUGUUGGUGUCUAUUUUAUUUCCUUUUUGUUGCU